AUGGAGCGCAAGAUCGACGAUCUUGGCAGGAGGAUGGAGCACAUGCAGGACGGCAUGGACAAGCUCCUGCGGGUCUUCGGAGGAGACAGAAUGGGAAGGGAAGGCAGCGAGCAAGGAAAGAAAGCGGAGAACAGCAACGGGACGGAGGUCGGCAAGCAGGAGAACGGGAGCGAGGAGAAAGUUAGGCUCCGUCCUCAGCCCGAGGACGUGAAGAUGUCCUGGUCACCUGCUAGGAAGCAGCUGCGCUAUGAGGUCGGGGCAGACUUUGCCAGCGUGAAGGAGACGAGUGAAGUGUUGGAGGCAAAGAAGCUCAUCGCUUCUGAGGAGGAUGACGAAGAGGAGGAGGAGGAGGAGAGGGAGGAGGAGGACGAUGACGAGCCCAUGGAUGUGGAUACUCCUCAGACUGGAAACGGGAGGAGGAUGGUGAUGCGAGUUAAUGGGAUGAAGACUUCAGGAGUCAUCUGCUGCUCUAGGAGGGUCUGA